AUGUCCUCCUCCCUCGCCCUCGACCAAGCCGAUAUCGAGAAGCUCAACGACAAGGACAAGGCCGAGCUCCGCCAGUUCUUCGCCAACGAGGAGCAAAAGAGCAAGAUCCAGAGCCAAUCCCACGCCCUCACCUCCCUCUGCUGGAAAAAGUGCAUGGCAUCCUCCACCUUCAAGUCGGGCGCCCUCGACGGCACGGAAAAGGCCUGCCUCGCCAACUGCGUUGAGAGGUUCAUGGACGUUAACAUGGCUACUGUUAGGCAGCUGGCUGGCAUGGGGGGACGUCACUAGAAACAGCAAGACUUCUUCUUUCGGAAUGAUUUGAAAUCACCCAACCCCACCACGAUCAUGAAUGAGUAUUCGACAAUGCGGAGAUGGAGGACAUGUUAUGGGCAGACCAAGGG